UCUUUUUUCUUUGUAAGGAAGGUUCAAAGAGAGCAAAGACACCCAUCAUGGAAACGCUUCCAAAGCUGCAGUUCCUUCUCCUAGUUUUGACAAUUCUCUUCUUUUCCAUGGCCCAACUCAAGCCUGCGGUUGCUCAACAACUCUACGCCGAUUCCCGGUGGAUCGUCGACGGUGCCGGGAGACGGGCAAAGCUCGCGUGCGUUAACUGGCCGGCGCACCUCCAGCCGCUGCUGGCCGAGGGGCUGAGCAAGCAACCGGCCGACACGAUUGCCAAGAAGAUUAGAGAAAUGGGGUUCAAUUGCGUGAGGCUCACAUGGCCACUCGAAUUGCCUAUGAAUGAGACACUUGCUUCUCUUACCGUGACCCAAUCGUUCCAGAAUCUCGGAUUGUCGGAAUCUCUUGCCGGCAUUAAGUCCAACAACCCUUCCCUUAUUAAUCUUCCUGUAAUGGAAGCCUACAAGUCUGUGAUGACAAGCCUUAGAAACAACAAAGUGAUGGUGAUACUCGACAAUCAUAUAACCACGCCGGGUUGGUGUUGCAGUGCAAACGACGGCAAUGGCUUUUUCGGUGAUAAGUACUUCGACCCACAAGUUUGGAUGCAAGGUUUGCAUAAGAUGGCGACAUUGGCUACUGGUUUUAGCAAUGUGAUUGGCAUGAGCUUAAGGAACGAGCUUCGUGGUCCUAGACAAAAUGUGGAUGAUUGGUACAAGUAUAUGCAACAAGGUGCGGAAACCGUGCACGCGGCAAACCCUAAUGUCCUCGUCAUCCUCUCCGGCCUCAAUUACGACAUAGACCUUUCGUUUAUCCGGAACAGACCGGUCAACAUCUCUUUCACGAAGAAACUGGUUUUCGAGAUGCACUGGUACGGGUUCACCAACGGCAACGCAUGGCAAUCCGGAAACCCGAAUGAUGUGUGUGGAGCAGUGUCAAACAACGUAAUGAGUCGGUCCGUAUUCUUGCUGGAGCAAGGAUAUCCUUUGUUUGUGAGCGAGUUCGGUGCCGAUGAAAGAGGAACCAAUGUAAAUGAUAAUAGGUACUUCAAUUGCUUCAUGGCCAUGGCCGCUGAAUUCGACUGGGACUUUGCAUUGUGGACCCUUCAAGGGAGUUACUACUUGAGGCAAGGAGUGGUAGGGAUGGAGGAGUUCUACGGAUUGUUCAACUAUGAAUGGUCCGGCAUUCGAAACUCGAGCUACCUACAUAGAAUGUCGGUCCUGCAAUUACCCUUCCAAGGACCAGGAGGGCAACAAACAGGUGCUCACAAGGUCAUAUUCCACCCCUUGACUGGCCUAUGCAUAUUGAGGCGAUCACCGUCGUUGCCACUCGUGGUGGGUCCAUGCAUAUACUCGGAGCCGUGGAGUUACACGCCACAGGACGCGCUGUGGCUCGUGGGGGCACAUCUGUACUUGCAAGCCGUCGAGCUGGGGAGGCCGGCGAUCCUGGGCACGAUGAGCCCAACAGACACCAGCACGAAAUGGGAGAUGAUAUCGGCCUCCAAGAUGCACCUGUCGUCCAAGGCCAAAGAUGGAAGCACCGUUUGCUUGGACGUGGACCCUCGCAACACCGUGGUGGUCACGGCCUGCAAGUGCUUGAGCAGCGAAAGCUCCUGCGAUCCGGCGAGCCAGUGGUUCAAGCUGGUUGACAGAACCCGGCUCUGAAAGAAACAAUUUCCAAACUUGGUUAAAAGAAGUAUAGAAUUUGGUUGGUUUUCUUUUCUUUUUGUUCUAUUUGUGUAGUGUAUGUGGUGGUUCCCGCUUUA